AUUGCGUUAUUCAAAAGCUAUUCUUCCAGUUAGUAUACGGUUUAGAAGGGAAUUGAACACGAAUUUUCAAAGAAUCAGAGAAAAUGAAUUUUGUUUUUCAUGUGACCGUUAGUUUGACAGUUUUGAUAGUGAUGUUUAGUACUGGGUUUUCUGCUGGAUCCAAUUAUUGCAAAGAUAAUUGGGUGCUAUUUUUUCAUGCACCAAGUGGAAAUGGCGAAGAAGUCUUAAAAGCAUGGAAAACCAGACACAACAACUGUGAUAUCGUAUCCGGAAUCUGCCCAUGCUUUAUCAGCAAUGGCUGUCUGCCGCCUAGAGUCAGAUUUGAAACAUUCAAAUCAAGUACAAAAGUUUUGAGAAGUCCUUACAUAGAUUACUGGGAUUGCUUGAAAAUCAGUAAGGUAAAAUUGGAGCUGAGCAUUCAGGGGAAAAUGGUAGGCUUCGUUGAAUUUGAUGGCAGAGAUUCGAGCUCUUUCAACUGGUUUCACAAAAAUAGGAUCUUGAAUUCAAGUUGGACUGAUAUGCAUAAAAGUCAAACUUACAAUGUUUUUUCCAUAGACCAAGAAUCAAAAUAUGAGAGACACUUCUUCAUUAACAAACACUACAAUGGAUGCCCUAACGAUAGUGGAUGGUUAGUUGUAAAGGAUGGUAAUUUAACUAAUCCCUGUGAUUGGGAAAAACAAACCAGUUAUCCUCAAUUUUUGUACGGCCAACAUGGACAAGUCACCAAGUGGAACGAUAUGGAAUACGGGAAAGCAGACGUUCUUAACAUUUAUGUCCAAAUGGGAUACUAGCGGUGUUUUGUCCGGGUUUUUUCUGCAUCAUCAGCCAUGACAUGUGAUACUAGUGUUUGAUUUUUCACGUACAAAGGCAGAGCAGUCGAUGGAAAAGUGUAAAACAUUUAUGAAUGUUGAACAGAGGAUGGAUGUUGACAAUUUUUUUUGAAUUGCUGUACACAGAGUCUUGCUUUAAUUUUUAAAAGACAAUUAUAGAUGAAUAAAUCCUGUCAAAUCAU